AUGCAUUUUAUGCCUAAAUAUGUUAAGCUAGUAAACCAAGCAGCUAAUACAGACGCUGGUUUUGAGAUGGCCAACAUUAAUGCUGAUAUUUUGGGUAAAGAGCUUGCAACACUGACUGUAGCAUGUCCUACUACAAAAGACUCAGUUCAAUGCUCUGAAGCUUAUAGGGAUUUAGUGUUAAAAAGAAAAGAAGGGAGGAAAGGUGGUGGCAAAAGACAUAAGGCCUUCAUUGAAACUAAGGGGAAGCAGAAGAAACCUAAUAAAACAAUUAGAAGCCAAACCUUUACUAGCAUGGAAACACUAGAAGAACCAUCUCAAAGCCUUGCUGCAUCAGAUGUUCGUGGUGUAUCUCAAUAUACGGAGAACCGGCCUUUCAGAUCACUUUUAUUCGUAAUAGGCUCUUCGCAGGGUUCAACAACAGCAGCUCAAGUUGGUCUAUCUCCAGGACAAGAAACAGGUGAAACUCAUGGAGACCGUUUCCAGAAAGCUUGGACAAUGAAGAAUAAUGUUAUGAAAAAUAGCUUGAACCAUGCAGAUGGAGAAGGUGACAACGCUGAGAGGGACUAUAAGUAUGGAUCUGCUGCACCCAUGGAAGGUGAUGGUGACGAUGACGAUGACGACGAUGAUGAUGAUGAUGAUGAUGAUGAUGAUGAUUAUGAUUAUGCUCCAGCUGCAUGA